UUUUCUUAGCCUCUUUAAAUCUCCAAUUGCUAGCCACUAGUGUGCUGGAUACUAUGAGAAUAUGGUAGAUUAUUGAUGAGGCAGUUUUCAAUUCAAAGGACAAUUCGUUAGGCCAGAGUAUAAGAUGGUUGAUGAUGCUACUGAAUAUCAGAAAAAGAGCUGGCCUUUCAUCGCAAUUUCUCCGGUCCAUAUGCUGCAAAACUCGAAAACGUCUUGACAAAAUGAAAGUGAAGAAAGUUGAAAACUGAGACGAGGGGCUAGAACUGAGGACAACUAGCAUCAUUAUUACCGGCUAUAUUCAACAUUUAGAAAGAGAUGUCUGGGGAAAUCGAAGAGAUCGGAGAAGAUAGCAAGAGUACUACAAUAAACAGCAUAGAUGCAGAUAUUAAAGAUGUUUAUGUAGCUGUUGGCAAAAAUGACUUGCAUGUUCUUCAAUGGGCACUUGAUCAUGCUAUUUCCCCCAGUUUUCGCAUCUGCCUCGUGCACAUUUUUCCUCUCAUUAACUACAUCCCUACACCAGUUGGGAAGUUAUCAAGAAGCCAAUUGAGCCAAGAGCAAGUGCAAGUCUACAUCAAUGAAGAGAAUAACAGGAGGAAGAAUCUCUUGGAGAAAUACAUUCGCCUAUGCAACGAUGCCAAAGUACCUGUUGAUACUAUGCUUGUGGAGAGCAAUUCACCAGCCAAAGCAUUACUUGACCUUAUUCCUAUUGUCAAUAUUACCAGCCUUGUCAUUGGAAAUAGACCAUCGCGUUCCGCAAGGCGAGCGAGGAAGGGACGAGAUAUAGGAGAGUAUGUUAAAAAGAAUGCACCAGAUUUCUGUGAGGUUAAAGUUGUUGGCCAAGUGCAGAAGCCAAAACAGGGUUUUAAUCAAGCGCAGCCUGAAAUUGCAAGAAAUUCUGAAAGGAAUUUCCUUGAAUGCAUAUGCUUUUCUGGCAAGUUCUACUGAAAUGUUGGAAGCAAGAAUGUGACAAGUUUUUAAACAUGUAGGAACUUGUCCCAUCUAUUAGAAAAUUGUGCUAUAUAUGUUUACCUCAAAUUUGAAUAAUCAACUAAAUUUAUGAGUGUGGUAUAGGAUAUGUGGUUGAACUUUAAUGUA